AUGCCGGUAACGUACUGUCCGAAGUGCUGUUUCCGCGCUGACAAGCUGGUUGCUGUUGUAAACCACAUAGCACAACGGCACUCUUUUGACUCGAAAUUCCACGUUGUGUGUGGAAUCAGUGGGUGCCAAAAGAACUACACAAACUUCCAAGCAUAUCGACGGCACUUGUAUCGGUGUCACGUGGACACACUCCGUGAGACAGGCAGCAGGAUCGAAAAUCAUGCAGCCAGCGCGGAUAACACAUAUGUUGACUUUACCGACUCCUCUGACACCACGCCUAGUGAUUUCAGCACAGAACCGCCUUUCGACAGCGAGGACCAGCCCGUCUCAUUCGAAACAUUCAUUUCUGAAACCAGAAAAUCUUUCUGCAAGUUCUACUUCAAGACUUCAGAGAAGUACAAGAUGCCCCACUCUGUUGCUUCUGCUGUAUUCAGUGACUGUCAGUCCAUGCUACAAAAUGUAGUUCAAACCUUCGCAAUGCAAGUACUGCAGGCAUUGUCUGGUGCUGACAUAAGUGAAGACGUGAAGAUACUCCUGAGCUGCUCAUUUCUUCCUGGCAUCUUUUCUGGAUUAGAGACCCACUACCAGCGGGUACAGUUUGCUAAGAGUGUGUUCCCACAUGUCGCUCCUCAGGAAUUGAAAUUCCCAGAUGAAAAAGCAAGUUUUCAAUACAUCCCUAUAGGGCCAUUACUGAAAUGUCUCUGCGAAGUGCCACAGUACGCAGCUGGUAUGUUUGAGAAAGGGGACCAGGAAGAAAGCAAACAAGAGAGUGAAUUUGUGAUGAAGAGCUUCAUGGAUGGUGCACUCUACAAAAGGUGUUUUGCAGACUUCAUGCCCGAACAAGACCAGUACACACUUCUCCUGCUUAUGUACACAGAUGAACUGGAGAUUGUGAAUCCGUUGGGUGCUGCACGUGGCAAAUACAAGAUUGUGUGCGUGUACUUUUCACUCUUGAACCUUCACCGGAAGUACAGGUCGCAGUUACAGUCAAUACAUCUUCUUUUGCUAGCACGUUACGUUCACGUGCAAAAGUUUGGAAUGGAUGAGUUCCUAAAGCCUCUGAUUGAAGACUUAAACCAAAUUCAGAAACAUGGAAUUCCUGUCAUGAUUGGAAAUACUCUACGAAUGGUCAAGGCCGCAAUCUAUUGCUUCUGCGGAGAUAACCUCUCAUUGAAUCGUCUUGGGGGGUUCUCCUGCUGUUUUAGCGGAGGCCGGUUCUGUCGGUUUUGCCUUGCGUCGUCCCAAAACCUGUCAGUCCUCACUACAGAGCAAUCCUGUGUUGUAAGAAACAUGAACGCCCACAGAAGACACCUGUCUGGCAUACUAGUCAACGGCAUUGUGAGUAAACGAUUGUAUGGUGUGACAGGACCCUCUCCACUCCUGAAGUUGCACCAAUUUGAUGUCACCCUUCAGUUACCUCCAGACAUCAUGCACGAUAUUCUUGAGGGUUCAUUUGAGCAAGUGCUAAAGCAAGUGCUUACAGCACUCAUCAGUCAAGGCAUGCUGAAGUUUGAUGACUUGGAUAAGAUCAGCACGUUUCCCUAUGGUUUUCAAGACAAAAAGAAUAAGCCUGAACCCGUUCCGAAGUCUUUCAUCAAUGGACACACCAGUCUGAAGGGCACAGCAUCGCAAAAAUGGUGCCUUCUGCGACUUCUGCCUCUUAUUUUCGGUGACAGCCUUCCACCCAAAAAUCAGGACUGGGAAGUGUUCCUCCUGUAUCGUGAGAUCUGCAACCUCUGCUUUGCCCCGGAGAUAACAGAAGACCUUGUGGCAUACCUCCAGAUAAAAAUUCAGGACCUGCUAUGCUUGUUUGUUGCCAGGUACCCUGACAUACCUCUAAAACCGAAGCUGCACUUCCUAGUGCAUUACCCCAGGUUCAUUAUGGAGCUGGGGCCACUGAGUCAAUUUUGGUCGAUGAGGUUUGAGCCGAAACACCAGACUUUUAAGUCACUGGCAGCAAAGACCAAGAACUUCAGAAAUAUCUGCAGGACACUAGCAUCAAGACACCAGUUACUACAAUGCUACGAGCUGGAAUCUUUCUCAUUUGACGAGGAAGUGUCCACGUCAGCUGCAACCCCAGUCAAGGAAGAGGAUGUGCACCAGUGUGCAAGGUAG